AAAGAUUCUCAUCCAACUGGCUCGCGGCUAGUUGGAAACUUCUUCCUAUGCUUUUAUCUUUUCAUUAAUCUUUCCAAGCCUUUCCUCUCUAUAUAAAUCUUUACACCCUCUCUGUUCUGCCAUUGUUCAAUAUCUUGAUCAAAUGGGUCAGUUCAUUAAUCUUAUAGUUGUGCUGUCACUUGCUCUUAGUUUUUGUUUGCUUCCUGACUCGGCAUCAGCUCAACUAAGACAAAAUUACUAUGCUAAGACUUGCCCCAAUGUAGAAAACAUUGUUAGAGCUGCAGUCACCAAGAAAUUCAGCCAAACUUUUGUCACAGUUCCUGCAACUAUCCGUCUCUUCUUCCAUGAUUGUUUUGUUCAGGGUUGUGAUGCUUCAGUAAUCAUUGCAUCCUCUGGUGGCAACACAGCUGAAAAGGAUCACCCUGAUAACCUGUCAUUAGCUGGAGAUGGAUUUGAUACUGUCAUCAAAGCCAAAGAAGCAGUUGAUGCAGUUCCAAGCUGCAAAAACAAGGUCUCUUGUGCUGAUAUCUUGGCCAUGGCAACCCGGGAUGUUAUUGCUCUGUCUGGUGGACCAUCUUUUGCUGUUGAAUUGGGGAGAUUGGAUGGGUUAAGCUCCACAGCUGCCAGUGUAAAUGGAAAGCUGCCUCCACCAUCUUUCAACUUGAAUCAGCUCAAUUCUCUGUUUGCAGCAAAUGGACUCACCCAAACAGACAUGAUUGCUCUUUCAGCUGCGCACACCGUUGGAUUCUCUCAUUGCGGCAAAUUUGCGAACAGAAUAUACAAUUUCAGCCUUCAAAAUGUAGUGGACCCUACACUGAACCAAGCCUAUGCAACCCAACUUCAGCAAAUGUGCCCCAGGAAUGUGGACCCCAGGAUAGCCAUCAACAUGGACCCCAACACACCUAGGAUAUUUGACAAUGUCUACUACCAGAACCUGCAGAAAGGCCAGGGUCUCUUCACCUCCGACCAGGUUUUAUUCAUUGACCCAAGGUCUAAGCCUACUGUAAACGCCUGGGCCGCCAACUCACAAGCAUUUAACCAAGCCUUUAUCACUGCCAUUACUAAGCUGGGCCGGGUAGGUGUCAAGACUGGGAAGAACGGGAACAUUCGAACAAACUGCGAUGCCUUUAACUGAGAAAAGUUUCCUAGAGAUUCUGGAAGCUGAACUUUUGCUGGACAAAGUGAGGUUUUGAAACAUGGUUUGUUUAGUUUCUAGCAAGAUUACUUGGUGUUGUAAUAAGUUAAGAGAAUGUGGUUUUUUUUUUAUUAUUAUUAUUAAUAUUGCAUGGGAAAGGAGGAUUGGAUAGGAUCAUAAAAGUCAAAUAAAUAAAAGUGACAGAGACAGCAAACGUUGUUUGAGCCUGUUUUAGAUGUAAAAUAAAUGUUCGGUUUUGAUGUACCUGUCAACUUUUCUUGAUUCUUUAGGGGUGG